AUGCCUACUAUGUCCUCCCGCUGGCUCCUACUCUUCGCUCUGCCGGUCCUCCUCCGUCUCCUCAAGACACGCCGCGGCCCAUCAAGAGAGAAGAUCAUUCUUCCGCGCGAAGAACGGGUUGUUCUCCUGGGCGCGAGUUCUGGAGUGGGCAAGGAUCUUGCUCUAGCCUAUGCGAAGCGGGGCGCCAAGAUAUGCAUCUUUGCAAGGAGAAAGUCUAGCUUGGAGGCUGUCAAAGCGGAAUGCCUCGCUCUGGGGUUGAGCGAGGAUAAGAUCAUCCUCGUCACAGGUGAUGUCACGAGUGUGAAAGACCUGGUCAAGCUCCGCGAGACCGUCGUUGAAGCAUGGGGCGGACUGGACACGCUCCAUAUCCUAGCGGGCGUCCCGUCUACUUCGACCCUCAUGCAGCUGGCCGGGGUGCAGCUCGAGCCUGCUUCCGGGGCGCAGAGCAAGAAGAACCCGUCUCAGCGCUUUGUGUUUACGAGCGAGCAGGGGCAGUUGGGCGAAGCAGGACCUGGCGAGGAAGGGCUGGAGAGGCUGGCUGCUGAGGCGAGGGCAUGCGCGGAGGUCAACUAUGUGGGGACUGUGCUUGCUCUGGGGGCGUUCGUUCCCCUCUUGGCCUCCUCGUCUCGCUCGCCAGCGCUGCAUCAUCUCUCCUCGGUAGCAGCCACGAUCCCUGCACCCUGUCGCGCCAUCUAUUCUGCCACGAAGGCUGCUGGGCUCAUGGCCAUGGAGAGCUGUAGGGUGGAGUGUGAGGGCAGCGGAAUCCGUUUCUUCUCUCUGCUCCCUGGAACCAUCGCCAACGAUUUCAGGACCAAGACCGCUACGAGCGAUACGGGCGGAAGGGACGAGACCAAGUUGGAUAUCAAGGGCGCUUGGGGGGAGAAGCUGCUCCUGCCUCCAGCAAAGGUCGUCGACACCAUCUUCGAACACCUCGCCCUCCCACCCUCUCCGUACCCCCUCAUCCCUUACCCACCCUUCUCGUGGAUCUCCGCACUUUCUCACCCGCCCCGCGCGAUACGGUUCUUGCCAUUCAUGUACCGCGCAGCGACGUGGAUGCGGGAUACACCGCUGGGGUGGGCGUAUGUCGAGCCGAGUGCGAGGAAGAAGUAUGGGCUACCCAAUUGA